GGGAGGUCUUACAAACAAGACAGAGAAGGUCCGUCCGCGGGGUCUGCGCUGCCGGCUCUUUCUGCAGGUCUCGCCUCCUCCUCCCCCCUCCCCUCGCACCUGUUUGUGCAGAUAAGAGGGAGCCGCUCGUUCCGACGGACCCCCAGAAGCCCGGAGUCGGCAGGUCGCUUUGGACCGUGAGUGACCACGCGAACGGACAGGAGCCAAGAUGCCCAGGUCGUUUCUGGUGAAGAGCAAAAGGGCGCACAGCUACCACCAGCCCAGGUGCCUGGAAGAUGACUACAGCAGACUGGACACCAUUCUGGCUCAUAUCUGUGGAGAAAGUAAGACUCCUGUGGAGUCGGGACUCUGCUCGGACCCGCUGGGGGUCGACCCCAGGGGCAGGGUCUCCCCGCAGUCCCACCUGGUGGAGACCGCCGACCUGUCCUCCAAAUCCCCCCCCAGCUGCGAGGGAAGCGUGUGCGGGAGGUCCUCGGACUAUGAGGAUUACUGGAGACCCCCGUCUCCUUCAGCAUCGCCAGUGGAUUCAGACAAGUCCUUCCCGGCUGACGACCCCUCCGUGGACGAGACCCAGCCGUUCGCCAUCCCGUUCCGGCCCUACGCCUGGAGCAGCUACCCCGGGUCCGAGCUCAGACACCUCGUGCAGCAGACGUACCCCCACCGCGCGGUGUCGCUGGACCGCGGCGGGGCUCUGGGGCUCUACGAUGACAGGGGUGCGGAGACCCCCCUGUUCGGCGAUCGGCCCGCCGCGGGGGGGCUAUACGGGGACUACAGCGCAGCCAGCGGCCUCUUCGACCGGGGGACCCCCCCGCGGCUCUUCGCGGACCACGAGCUGCGCGGCAAAGUGCCCGCAAUCAAGGCGGAGUCCGAGCUGCUGUGCAGCCGCCUGCUGCUGAACGGAGCCUACAAGUGCAUCAAGUGCAGCAAGGUCUUCUCCACGCCGCACGGUCUCGAGGUGCACGUGCGCAGGUCGCACAGCGGGACCCGACCCUUCGCGUGCGAGAUGUGCGGGAAGACGUUCGGCCACGCGGUGAGCCUCGAGCAGCACAAGGCCGUGCACUCCCAGGAAAGAAGCUUUGACUGCAAAAUCUGUGGCAAGAGCUUCAAGAGGUCGUCCACGCUGUCCACGCACCUGCUGAUCCACUCGGACACGCGGCCGUACCCGUGUCAAUACUGCGGCAAGAGGUUCCACCAGAAGUCGGACAUGAAGAAGCACACCUUCAUUCACACAGGUGAGAAGCCCCACAAGUGCCAGGUGUGCGGCAAGGCCUUCAGCCAGAGCUCGAACCUCAUCACCCACAGCCGCAAACACACGGGCUUCAAGCCCUUCGGCUGUGACCUGUGCGGGAAGGGCUUCCAGAGGAAGGUGGACCUGCGGAGACACAAGGAGACGCAGCACGGACUGAAGUGAACGAAUACACACACACACACACACACACACACACACACACACACACACACACACACACACACACACACACACACAGAGCCUCCGCACACCGUGGCACUGAACUGGGAGCCGCAGCCGCGCACCAAACACUAGUGGAGAGACUGGGAGUCAACCUGUCCCCCCCCAACC